AUGAAUGACCUGCCCACAGCCAUCCCACGAGGAUCGUGGGUUCUCGUUACAGGAGCGAACUGCUACACUGGCAGCCAUGUGGUGAUUGAGCUGCUCAACCGGGGGUUCCACGUGCGCGGCACGGUCAGAAACCUCGAAUACAGCAAAUGGCUUCUUGAGCAUCCUUCAGUCAGGUCAUUUGCUGAUGAAGAGAAAGUGGAACUGGUUCUGGCCGACACAUCAAAACCAGGAGACUUCGACGAGGCGGUCAAGGGAGUCUCGGCUGUAAUUCAUCUUGGAAACAUUGGGGAGCAAACACCAGAUCCCAAUGUGGCUUUCCCAUCAGCAAUCGAGGCUGCCUUGACUGUUUGUCGAUCUGCCGCCAAGGAACCCAAUAUCAAGCGGUUCGUUCUCGCGUCAGGGUUUUGGUCAGCGGUAUGGCCAAGACCGGGGGAUUCGUCUACCAUCAAUCAGGAAACCUGGAACGAAGGUUUAGUCCAUAUGGCGAAGUUGCCUCCGCCAUAUGAGUUGACUCGCAUGCUUGUGACCUAUCUGGCUGCCAGGGUCGAUGCGGAAAAAGCGGUAUGGAAGUUUGUUCAAGACGAGAAACUCCCAUGGGUAGUCAAUUCUGUGAGCCCAUGCUGGACGCUGGGCGACCCAUUACAUGCGAGACACUAUGGACCUAUGCCUACUCAGUUGUUGCAGCAAUUGUAUCUCGGAAAGAUUGAAGCGCUCAAGGAAAACACGACAGCUCUGGCUAAACCAUUCAACUGGAACAAUGCGCUAGCAAUUAUGCGCGACGCGUAUCCCGAAGAAGAUUUUGAAGAAGACUUCAUUCCUGGAGAUCCUACCUUGUCAUACAAGAUCGAGAACGACAUUGCGCCAGGACUACUGCAGAAGUGGGCUGGGAGAGAUUGGAUCACCCUUGAGAAGGGCAUCACGGAAACAAUUGACUUUUCUCGAAAGAUUGGUAAUUUGGACUAA